AUGGGUCCUAAAAUGCCGGACAGUGUUGCAGAAAUUGACAACCCAUGUUAUGAUUAUUUCUAUGCACACAACAACCAGAUUAAUUAUUUGGAAAUUCUACAAUGUCCUUCUCAGCCUGUUCGAAGAUUGGAGGGUGAAUUAAAAGAUGAUAUAUCUCUAGAACACUGGCUGGCAAAGGAUCUAACUGCCGAUGGUAAUCAACCUGAAAGUGGUGUCCGCAUUCUCACUGGCAAAGGCUGGAGCAACGCAAAUGCUACAUCACCGGACGAUUGGUCACCAGCUUUGCUCUUCAGCAAAUGUUCCUAUUCCACGAUAUUAUCUGCUUCGUCCUUCAAUAUUCCAAGCAACCUCCUCCGAAUCCACGAUAGUUUGAUCACUCGAUCCUUCAAAACUUCUACAGGCUGUAAAAACGAAACAACCCUAACUUUCAAGCUCGGAUCUUCCAUGAACAAUUGGGAUCUCCUUACCUUGACUAAAAGCUAUAGCACUGGCAUAACCACUGGAAUUUUUCUUGUGCAUGAGGACAGAGAUAUUGUUCCUUUACCAUUCAACGUCGAUUCCUAUCUGGGAGUUGAUCAACCUUGGUGUAUCGCUCGGCUAUUCAUACGCCAUAAACUAGAGCGAUUAGAUGCCAGACUCUACAAUACGAGUGUUGAUAUCGACGCAAUCGAAAGUGCUACUGAUAAACACAAUAGAUGGGCUGACACCGACAAAAUACAAAAUUCCAACAAUCAAGAUGAUGAAAACGAAGUUUCCUUGAUAGAUCCAUUAAACAUAGAUUUCAUGGGUACGACUACUGAAUUGAGCAAAGCAGAGCACAUUGUCGCUGGAAAUUCAGUUUGUAUCAGAGGAUUACUGUUAGCAACAAAAGUGCUAGAUGAGCUGGAUCAGGAAAGGAAGCAGACGACUGAAGAAUUGAGGGAUCACUUCCAGCUAUUUACCUUUGGUUUAAAGAUUCAACAAUUCCAAGCAGAAGCCUCUGCUCGUCGUGCCGUAUUCUUGACGAAAGCUUCAACCGACCUCGCAAAAGCGAACUCAAAGGCCAUGAAAACAAUCGCUAUUCUAGGAAUGGUUUUCCUGCCCGGAACUUUCAUCGCAUCAAUCUUUGCAAUGCCAGUGUUCACUUGGACACCUGAAGGCUCCAUUAUAAUACAAGAAGACUUUGGAUAUUACUGGGCUGUCACAGUUCCGUUGACAUUGAUAAUAUUGGUGGCCUGGGGUGUAAGCAUGGUGAUUCCACAUCGCCACAAAGGGGUAUUAAGCGAUGAUAUUGAACUGGAGAGUCUUAGCCACAUCUCAAUUAACAAAAGACCGACAAAUAAUAUACUCAGACCUUCAAAUUCAUUAAGUUGGAGUCGAGAAAUUUCAAUUGACGGCGCGAGAUCACAAAUUUUUUUCACGCCAUAG